CCCGGGCCUAGCACUGCGAGGAGGGGCUCAGUCAAGGCCUUGGCUCAGUGCGCAGUCCACAUACAAACAUGCAGAGCCGUAAUCUUCAUCGGGGAGUGUUUAUAAAUCGGCAUGACGGUCAGCAGUCAGCAUAAACAGUUGAACGGUGUGUCAAGGUGUACACCUCUCGGCUUUAGGCCUAAAAACACACUGCAGCGCUAAACACUAAACAGUGAGCCAAGAGGGAGAGAAUAAGUAUUCUCUCCACAACAGGACUUCACCAGUGAGUCAGCGUGAGGGCUGCUGCUGCGCAGCGAUGAGUCUCCAUCUCGCUAGGAGGCUGCCCUCCCGAUGGUUUGGUCGCCUGGGAUCAGCGGCGGGGUGCAAACAGGGGCAGGCCUCCAGCGUCCGAGGCAUGGCUAAUCAGGGCAAUGAUCCCUGGUUGACUGCCACACCACGGGUAUGUCUCCACGACGUACCCACCACGCUGAGGGCAGGUGGUUUGCCUCCGCAUGCCCCUGUCACGCUGUCCGCCAAUCUUACUGACGAAAACGGCAGGGAGUUCUGUUCGUGUGCCCACUACGUGACUGACGAGACGGGUGACGUGGACGUUCGGAGGGGGGCGGCGGUGGGUGGGUCCUACACAGGCGUGUUCCCAGCUGGGCUGCUCACCACGCUGGCGCCCGCCUCCCACGAGGCGCCUUUCAUCAGACUUUAUCGCCGCAAUUCCUCACUGCCAUGGAAGAUCAAAGUAAGUGUACUAGACGGCCACCAGCCUAAUGGAUCCAAGACGAAGAUGUUGACGGAGGUGGAGCUAGAGCGACACCUGAUGGCACCAGGAGUGCGACGGCGUCCCGUGCGUGAGGGCAGAGUGAGAGGGGCACUGUACCUGCCUCCAGGGGACGGGCCCUUCCCAGGAGUGAUCGACAUGUUUGGUUCCGUUGGUGGACUGCUGGAAUUCAGGUCGGCUAUGCUUGCGUCUCGGGGCUUUGCGAGUCUGGCGCUCGCCACAUUUGCCUACGAUGAUCUUCCUGCCACCACCGACCACAUGGACCUGGACUACUUCGAGGAGGCCGUGGAGCUGUUGCUGGCCGUGCCUCAGGUGAUACCUGACCGAUGCGGAACUGUGGCCGUCAGCAAGAAUGGAGACGUGGCCCUGAGCAUGGCCACGCUGAUGAACGCUGUGAAAGCCGUGGUGGGCAUCAACACGUGCAUAAUGGCACACGGCUCCCGCCUCACCUAUAAAGGUGAACUCUACAGGGAAGAUAACACACCAUUCGAUAAGGGUCUGAUGAGGACAGAGCGAGGUACAUAUGCCCGUUGCAUGCAAAGCCAUUUCACAGUCGACAACCCAGCCAUGAUCCCCGUGGAGGAAGCAGAUGAGGAUACACAUUUCCUGAUGGUCGCAGGGGAAGCAGACAGCUGGGGCUUUGGGGGGGCUCUGGCGCCUUUCCGGGAGCGGAUGCUGCGCCACAAUAAACACAACUUCGAGUUGGUGCUGUAUCCAGGAACAGGCCACUUAAUCGAGCCUCCCUACGGUCCGCACAUCAGUCAGUCCUUCCAUCGAUACAUUACUAUGAAUGAUGAAGGAGAGUCUUCGAUCCGCAAAAUUCCCAUGGACUGGGGUGGACAACCGCAGCCUGCAUGCGCCGCACAGGAGGACCUCUGGUUCCGUAUGUGCACCUUCCUAAUGAACCACGUGCGCGAGGAAAGCCCCUGGUUCCAGCAGCACGUGGCCCGACAAGCCCCACAAAACACUACACUGUGAACGUAUACCUGCUUGCACUAGACAGACCCAUGGGUCAGAACAGACCUCUGUCCUCAGCGUAAUAACCAAAAAGAACGAAGGUAAACAGGAGAACGGUAUGUUUCACACGCUAUCAUCCACGAGGAUUGUGCUUUGUCUUUAGCUCUUUUGGUUAUUACUGGACUAAUAUGAUGUGAUAGAUGUCAAUGAUAAAAUAUGUAAUGGCAUGUAUUUU